UGGGAAGCCCUCAGGCAAGGCAUGGACAGAAUUAUGAAGUAUGGCAAAGCAGAGGUUGGGGACAGAACCAUGCUGGAUCCGCUUGACGCAGCAUACAGGAUACUGAAGGAAGGCCACACUAACAACUCGGACUCUAUGAAGACCUUGGAAGAUGCAGUCAAUGCUGCUGAGCAAAGUGCUGAAGCUACAUCUAUGAUGGCCGCCAGAGCUGGCAGAGCAAGAUACGUCAACCCAGACCAGUUAGGACGACCUGAUCCUGGGGCAAUGGCUGUUGCUAUUUGGCUCCGAGCAGCACAUAAUGCAUUGAGAGCUUUGUGAUUAAGCUCCUUCUGUGAUGUGGGUUUUUCAAUAAAAGAGUCAGAAAGCAGAUGGUAAAAUGCUUUAUUCCUUGCUCUAAAGAUUCAAGGAUGCCAGCUUUUUGCAUGAAUUUAGACCUUUUAGGGCAUGAUGAACGUUACAAGAUGUCAUAAUUAGUAA